AUUUUUUGACAUGACGUCUGACUAGCCUGAAUCAAUAUCAUCGAAAACCCACGUCCAAAGACGCUCAUUAGGGUGGCAGUAUACAUUUUGUAGAGUGGCCUUAAAAACAGGCCUGUACAAAAUUUCAGCUCGAUCUUACUUGUUUUAGAAGUACCUGAAAGCGCCCUAAGUUUCGGUUUUUUUACCCUCUAAAACCACCAAUGCAUGGGAGGGCUAAAGUAAUUCGAAAAAAUUGAAAUUUAAAUUUUGAUGCCAAGUGUCUUUUAAAAAUGCAUAAUACGUCGAAAUCUGGUGUUAUCUUAAAAAAAAUGUUUGACAAAAAUCGUGCAUUUCCUAGUAAUUUGGCUUGGAGACUUUUGAGGGUAAAAACCCCCGAAACUUUGAGCGCUUUGAGGCAUCCGUAAAUCAAGUCCGAUUGAGCUGAAAUUUUGCACAGGUCAGUUUUUGGGCUAUUGUACAAAAUGUAGAUGGUCGGUUUUCAAAUUUCGAUCAUUCAAUCAAAUUUUUCCCAUUGCCACCCUAACGCCCAUGCAUUUGCAGGUUGCAGACGUUGUCAAGGGAACCAGGUGUAUCAAACAUCCACGGAUGGCUGCGUAUCGCAAAGGACGAUAUCAAUCAGUGGCAGCACCAUACCGUUGACGACUCACAGACAGUUUAAAGGAUUGCUCAGAUAAGUACGGUUUCAUCUUUCCGUUGAUCUGUGGGCAGCGAGCAGAAAUGGCCGAAGAUAACUCGUGGGUUUUCGAUUCGUUGGUCUGCUUCCUUCACGGGCCAGUCUGGAACGCACCACUGCAAACCUUCAUCGAGGAUAAAUCGAUAAUUUUCGAUCCGAACGUAAAACCAGACGAAGCGAACCCGGAAUUCCGAAAGGUACAUGAUGAGUACAAAAAUCUGGUCGACUACAUGCUCGGUUCCUUCAUGGAGGAAAUGCAAAUCACGCCGGAACAGUUCGAGUUUGCCUGUCUGGAAGGGCGAAACAGCUCCUCGGUGGCCGCCCAGGUUUCGCCGACCCGAAGCCAGGGGUCAAGCACCGGAGAUGGCCAUACUUUCUCCUUCCAUCAGGGACUGUUUCAGCAGAUUUGGGCUGCCAAUGAUAUUCGGAUUUUCAUCCGCAUGAUGACUCAGCGCAAUGUGGAGAUUCAGCUGCAAGCUCUGGACCUGAUUGAGCGGCGCCAGGCUUCGCUGCCAUCCACGGAGAGGGAAGACGGCGGCGAACCGAGCGGUUCGGAUGAAAGUCAACCCGUCAUCGCGGGUGACGAAAUUACGGAACAAGAAAUCGAGCAGGACAUUAUUAAAUCGGUGGACGAGGAGGUCGCUAAGCCAAUCAAGCUGCCGCCCAUUAUACCGGAUGCACCUGCCGAGGCCAAUGAUGAAACAGAAGUCAACGAUAAGUUCCAGCGACUCAAUUUAUUUUUCGAUCAAGAUAGGAUUAACACUGCAGACGUCCAAGCGCGGCAGCAAUAUCUGCGCACCCAGCGGGACAAAAUACUUCAGAUCAAGAAGCAGGCCCGAGCCCGGCAGCUGAACGAAACGAUUCGCAAAAACGAACGGCCCGCCUCGGCUCAGGUAGCGCAGAAGAUUCUGGAAGCCGGUGGAACAGCCGACGGGAUGAUUCCGUCAGCCGGGGAGCUACCGCCGCCCGAAUCGUCUCUGCAGCUGCGCAAAAUGUUGGCCCAACGGCUGCGGAACGAGGUCAUCGAGGGAGAAUGAAAUGGAAGGUGCUAGGCAAAAAGUGAUUAAGGAUUUAAGAAAAUGUGUUACAAGCUUGCGCUUCGCAUAGAAAAAAAUUGCUUAUUUCGAUAUGUAGUGAUUUUUGGCAAAUACAUUAAUGUGACUAUGCAUAA